CAGCACACGUGAAAUUAAAAAUUGUGCCGCGGUUGUCACGUCGGCGUGAGAAAACAUAAUUCUGUGAAUCGCGGAUGUCAGUGCUGAUAUGCCUCUAAAGCUGACGGACGCUGACAGACUUUCCGUUCUCGAACACCUCAAGGAAAUCGGAUGCUGCAAGUUUUGCGCGGAGCGCUUUUCCGGCGAGAGAUACUACGACAAUUACAAGAAGUUCGAGGAGCUAGCGGCCGCACUUUCAGAUGUUAGCAACGGUGAAUCGGAACCUCAAAACCAAAAGUCAACAGAAGAACCCAGUCCGAAGCGACCAAAGUUGGCCACCGAAGUCAUCAGCGAGUCGGCGAGCAUCGACAAUGCCUGCCAAGACGGACUGUCGGGAAAGUGUGACCUUUUCAGCAAGAAAGAUGGAGUUAACAGCGCAAAUGACACCGGUUGCGUUGCUUGCUAUGGACUGCUCGAGAUUCAACACCUCAAGUCAUCUUUCAAGCAGAUUGUAGCAGCUGUCAAGGAGAGUGGCUGUGUCUUCUCCAAGUUCACGUUCCAGCUGUCGGUACCCGUGACGCUUGAACUUCGUCAUCAUGCCAUGGUGACGCACUUGAAAGAAAAAUUCAGGGAAUCCUAUAAGGAGUGCAGCGACAUCGAAUUCGUCAGCGCCAAGGAAGUGUGGAAGUACAUCGUCAGCCCAAUGUUCGCCGACCACUUGGGCGUCGAGUUUUCCGCCGCGAGUGGCUUCCAGAUUUCAGUGGCGUUCCCAUCGCCAAACGCUGAGGAGGAGUGCGGGUUUCUACUGAGGAAGUUCCCCGAAUCCUUUCCAAACCGACAGCAGAGAAAGCACCAGUGCCGCGAGAUAUUCACACGUUGUGCCGUGCUGGAUGCGCUUCGAAAGAUCUCAGACGAAGACUUCAGAAAGUUGUACAAAUGCCCACCAGACCGACCGUCAAAAGUCGAAUCCAAAGUUGAAGUCUCGUGCGUCCACUCGCCUAUCUACCUUGCAGGUCGCUACUGCAAGUACUCGCGCCUUCUCAGCCAGACGCCCUGGAUUCUCAACGGCAAGAGAAUCAUGGAAGCAUCCGUACAGGAGCUCAUCACCGACGUGGUCACCAAGCACAUCCCAAACGAAAAAAUCAUGUUUUCGUCAUCCGGAAGGGAAGACGUAGACGUCCGGAUGCUGGGAAAAGGGCGGCCAUUUGUCCUGGAAAUAUUCAAGGCGAAGAGGGCCGUCUUCACAACAUCCGACAUGGAGAUCAUUGAAAAGGAAAUCAACGCAAGCACAAAGGACAUCAGCGUGAGUGAUUUGCAGGUCAUCUCAAAGGACAUGACGCAGGUCCUGAAGGACGGUGAAGAGCUGAAGCAAAAAACGUACACGGCGCUGUGCUGCGCUGACAGGCGACUCACAGACGACGACACUGCCGUGAUCUCCCAGCUCAAGAAUGUGACGCUAAAGCAGAAGACGCCCAUUCGUGUUCUGCACAGGCGAAACUUGGCGGAACGUGAACGGACGGUCUACGAGAUGUCCUUGGAACCGCUCGAGGACGGCGAAGAUGGGGGACACAGGUUCAACCUCCACAUCACCACUCAGGCCGGCACAUACAUCAAGGAGUUUAUCCACGGCGACUUUGGCAGGACAGUGCCCUCGCUGGGAAGCUGCCUCAACGCAGACGUGGACAUAUUGGAACUGGAUGUCGAGGAGAUCCACCUCGACUGGCCUCCACCACGGAAAUGAGAAGAGGCACUCACUCGCACCAGCAAGAUGCUUGCAGCACAGCCGCGGGUGAAGCCGUGCGCAAUAACUUCGCCGGUGCUGUCAGUGUUGAAUGAUACAAAAGAGACUACUUUGUUUAGCUGCAACAAACUGCGUGCUUUGUCGGAACAGGCUGAAAUAAAAGGCAGCGCCAAAGCCCUA